AUGUUCUUGGAUGGUUCAUCAGUUGGAAGUUUCAACACGAGGGACAAGAACAGUGUUCUCAAAGCCACUCUCAAAUCCGAAUUGUAUAUGGACUCGGCAAAAGUUUUCACCAUUUUUCCUUCAGUGUACAACAAUCUUCAGGAAUUGAGAAACGACAUGGCAAAAAUUGAAGAUAACUAUGAGAAACUCAAAAAAAGAUUAGAAAGACUGGAAAAUGAUAUGGCUUUAAGUCCAUUACGAGAACUCGAGGCUGGAUGCUUGACAGUGAUGUCUAUCAUACUGGACAAGAAUCCAGCGGAUCCCACAGCUUUGAACAAUUUGAGGCAAUUGCAGUUCAAGGCAAACAAAUACAUGAACGAAUCGUUGUUUAAAGAGUAUCGUUCAUUGCUUGCUUCAUACUUCAAGAGUGGUGAGUGCAGCAACAUCGCAGACAAGUCCACUUUGCUCGUUCGUUUGCAGCGGUAUACAUUGGGAAUGCUUCGGUCUUUUCAAGUAGAACUGAUUUACUUUGCCUUCCUGCUGGACAAACGGGCCUUGAAGGAGGAGGAUAUAAAAGAUUCGACUCCAAGGCCGUUGCAGAUCAUGGGACACUUUGCUGAGAGCAUUGGACGAGCGUAUUGGCUCAUGGGACCUGAUAUCCCAGAUGACUUGGCAGAGGAAUCGAAGAAGUUGGCAAUCAACUUUCAGACAGAAGGAAAUUUUCAGGACUUGGUAGCCUGCUCAUUGAUGGUUGAAGACUUUCAAAAGUUGAGUGAUGAGAAUCUUGACAUCAACACUCUCUACAGGAGUGAAUCGUUCUUGCUUCGAAUCCUUGCUCUUGAUCCUUGUAACUCGAGCCUAAGGAAUGAUAUCACCCUUUGCUGCGAUGAUCAGAUUUCUGGUAUCUUGUCAAUGCGAAGACUAUUACAUGAUUCGAAUCAUGCUGAAGACGAGACCUCGAGGUCGAAUGCCUUGAAAGAACUUGUCAGGUGUACUUCCGUAAAUCUUGAUAUGAUGCUCAAGUACCUGCCAAGCACCUUCCUCUUGUAUUCGAUUGCGUGUGGACUGAAACACAUCAGUGAUCGUGUGCUGCUAUUGAGGAGCUGUAAAGUUCUCUCUGUUCUUUCACGAUUAGCGCAUGGCAUGGAGAGGUCAACAAUGGCAGUGAGACUUGAAAGCGUUGAGACUUUAUUCGACCUGUACGCCCAGCACACCAAAAAGCGGAUGAUUGCUGACUUGCUCCGAGAUGCAAUUAUCAAUAUUUUGCCAAGUGCUGAAAUCAAAGAAGUUUUCAAACCAAUUUUUGAAAAUCUUCAAUGUUACAUUGAAGAUUUUCAAUUGAUUGCAAACGAAAAGUCCAUGAGAAGAAACAUUUCUGAGCUCAAGAAGAACUUGAAUUCUUUGAAGCAUGAGACGGACUCUUGUGCUGCCAAGUUGAAUUUGUGUUGCUUCAAUAGCUAUUGUUGUUUGAUUCCUGUGCAAUCUUUGCAAAAUGGUCUUUUGGCAUCACUUGUGAAUCACCGUGUCAAGUUCGAAGUGCUCACGUCGCAUUCAGCCGUAGGAGCGACGACAAAGCAGUCAAGUGCUUUGAUUCCUUCAAUUGUGUUCAUCAAGGAUAAUGUUGGAACAUGUCAUGUCAUCUUCACUGUCGGAGCUGACGAUUUCCUGGUUUUCUUUCAAAUCAUAGAGAAAAAAGAAGAUUUUCAAUCUCUGACCGCAGACAAGGUCAUUUCGUUUUUAAAGUCGUCUUUUGGCGAUUUGAAGUCGCAGCGAAUCGGACAGCUGAUGGAGAAGACUCGAUUGGAGGAAGAUGUCAAUGUUCAAGUUUCGACUUUGAUCUACCAAGGAAUGAAACAGAUUUACGAGGACUUUGUAGCGAAGCUUCUUUCAGUCAGUGUUUCUCAUGACAUCAAGAGGUUUGUUUUCUCGGGACAUGCCAUCGGAGGUUGCUUUGCGAUGGUGGCUCGGUUGAUGAUGUUGGGGAAGAACGAAUGUAAGCACUUCUUCCAAGCUUUCGAGGUCGUUCAGCUCGGAUCUCCUCUGACCGUCUUUUGUCGCGACAUGUCGACUAGUCGAGUCCUGCCGCAGCUCUCACGUGCAACGAGGUGCUACGUCAAUGAAAGCGACCUCGUUGCUCGCUUGCUCGGCCCCAAGAAAUCCAAGUGGAAAGAUUUCUGGGAAGAGAAGAGAAGUGACAACACAGCUACCUGGACCACGACUGCCAUUGUAGGAGGCAUUGCUGCUGGAGCUGGUAUGGUUGCUCUUUCCGUCGCUACAGGAGGCAUCGCUACCAUCAUGAGCUUGACCGCUGCUGGUGUGCUGGUAGGACGAUGCGCUGAAUGUGAGGACUUUGCAACUGUUAUCUACGGACAAGCAGUUCUGAGACUGACUGGUCUACAUGCCCUUCACGACGAGAAAGGAAAAGACUUCAAUUGCGUGGGUUCUUUUCGAUUUCUGAAUGGAAAUAAUUCAAAGGCGAGGGUGUCAUUUGAAGAAAAGUUUGGGGCAGAUGCUGAAGCACGGCUUGACAUACCAACAGAGAGAUUUGAUAAGUCAAUUGCAGCAAACCAGAUUCAAAGAUAUCUUCAAUCCAUCUUGCUCUGGAAGCCUGAAACAGGUUCCUUGGCGUUCAUCACUGAAGAAUCACAAGCCAGUAGCGUUGUACCCGAAGACGUUGACAUUCAAUUGUCGCACCUCCAAGACAGCUUGAUUCAGAAAGCUGUCAUCGUCAAAAUAAACCGUCCGGUCAAGACCGAAGAUCAAAUUCGAAUGAAGAUCCAUCAAAUCAUCAUACCAACGUUGAUGAACAGGAAAACCAUGCUCCAGAUAAUGACGUUGUAA